GUGGCUGGUAUGGCUUCUCGCCGCCUUGGCGUUGGCGUUGCUGUACUCAACGGUCAGUUGUACGCUGUUGGUGGAUCGGACGGACAACAACCGUUAUCUUCCGUGGAGCAUUAUGAUCCUCGUGUGGGCACAUGGCACCGCAUGUCAUGUAUGGGCACACGACGAAAGCAUUUGGGUGUAGCUGUGUACAACGGACUUAUCUACGCCGUAGGCGGUCGUGACGAGGUGACCGAAUUGUCCUCAGCUGAAUGUUUUGAUCCACGCACUCGCACCUGGUCUCCGGUGGUCGCGAUGACUUCCCGACGAAGUGGGGACGCUUAG